CAUAAAGUACCACAUCAAUCUCUUUAUAAAGAAUCUAAAAUUAUCCGUCAUAAGAUAAGAUGAAUAUUAGAGAAUUCUUUCAUUGAAAUAAGUUUCCUACGGGGAAAUCAAUCCAACAUGAUGUAAUUAAUUAUAACUGAAUUACAGUUCAGACCUACAGGGCUAAUAACAACAUGAUACAGACACAACAAGGCAGACACGAACAAGAGUCCGAGCUGUGAACAUGAAGAGUAAAUAUCUACCAUAUCUGAUGAUAUCACAAAUUGCCAUAUUGUUUAUAGGGCUUCAAUUCAGCAAUUGUGAUGUAGAAUUACAUAAAUGUAAUGGUGUGAAAAUAAAGCUAAAACAUUGGGCCAGUGCUACAGUAAGCUGCGAAGGAAGAUGUGGAAGUCACAUAAAUGACACAAUAAUGUCGCUGUCAUGCUCAUGUGACAGAGACUGCAACAUGUACGACGAUUGCUGUGAAGACUUUAGGGAUAUGUGCCCAAAUUUAGCAAGAGGCCUAGAAGGAUUGGGACCAAGAUUCCAUUGUGGAAUGUCAUUAGGAGGAGGGAAACAUGUAUAUGUUAUCGCCACAUGCCCUAACGAUGGUACACUAGAUAAAAGUCUUCUGGACAAGUGUUUGAGUACAGAGAGCAAAAUUGGCUUGCUUACUACACCGGUUGUUGAUAGACAAACAGGGUACCACUACAGAAAUAUAUUCUGUGGAAUAUGUAAUAGGAUCAACUCAGAACAAAUGGUAGCAUGGACAAUAAACAUGGGUACUCCUGGACCAUUAGAUAUCAAAGAUAUGAUGUCAAUUCUAGACGUCGAACAAACAGGCCAAACUAUUCAGAUAACAUAUGAUCCAUAUGUAGUACCUGACUUUCCACCAAGGAUAUGUGCUUUAAAAUAUGAUUACUGCACAGGUGAAUGCCUUAAUGCAACAAUCGUUGAGAAGUGUACAGAAUCUGGAGGAAUGGUUGUUCAUAACAUAUGGGGAACUACUUUCAAGAAUAUAUACUGCGCACUUUGCUCCUCUGACGGAGUUCUUGCAGCAGGAGCAAGGAUCUUCAGUGGAUACCCACCUUCGAAUGGGUAUCCUUCAGUAAGGCAACCAUUUUACUCAUUCAAGCUACAGAUUGAUAUCAGAGAAGACCCUGGUUUUUAUCUUUCAACUGUUACACCAGGAGUCGGUUACCUGAACAGUGAACCAAUAAGAAGUAUCUGCAAGGUGAUAGAUAACCAUUGUUGUCUCAUUGAUUGUGGAGCCUCGGCAAUUGUCUCAACAAAUGGCGCUAGAUGUAAGCAAAGGAAAGACAAGUGGAUGGCAAAUGUGAACUUAACAAUUGCAAUGUAUAGUUUUACGAUUGGAAUCACUGGCUCACUGCAGGAGUAUCUUAACUACAAUGGUUUACAAGGAUCGGGAUAUAUUCAGAUCACUCACAGGGAAAGUUAUAAUCUCGGUUUUUUAUACAAACUAAGUCUAGUGCUCAUGUUUGAUCAAGACUACACAAAAGUCAAAAUGAACAAUAUCAUAAAUGAAACAUUUUCAAAUCUUGAUAAAUUCUACAUGAACAACACUAAAAUUGGAAUCUAUGUUAGCGACGUGACAUCAGUUGAGUUUGAGUAUAUUAUUGGUGAGGACGUCAUGACAACACAGAACAAAACACAGGAGAAUUGUGAUAUCAUGACAACACAGAAAAUAACACAUGAGAAUAUUGAUAUCAUGACAACACAUAAAACAGAAGAGGAAAAUGGUGUAAAUGUGACACAAGAGGACGCCAAAGGAUCAACGGUUAAAACCAGUGGUGCAAUAACAAACAAGAGUGGUCUUUUUGUUUGUCUCAUGUAUGCAUCUUUGAUUCAGUACAGAUGAGUUAUUAGACAUAUUAAUAACAAAUUACAUCAUUCACUAUACAGCUCAAUGGGAUAGAUUAAAAUACCUUCUCAAACUUAUUUCUUGGGUGAAAAUAAGGCUCUAAUUGGUGGUGUAAGUCAGAGAAGGAGGUACCAGUUGAGGUAAAUUUUAAAGAUUUGGAUAAUGAAGGAAGCAAAAUUGAAUUUCUUCUUAGGGGACAUACCUGUAAAAUUGUUAAA